CAUUUCCCUGCUUCUUCGCCUUCCAAAUUCCACGAUUGAACUUGAUCACGAUUAUCGUCAUUCUUCAUCCCCAGUGCGCAUUGAAUAAUGACAGCGUGCGAUCGCUGUCAUGGUCGCAAGACCCGAUGCGACCAACAGCAACCUGAAUGCGGCUCCUGUUUGAGGAGUGGUGCACGUUGCUCUUAUCCGGAGAAACUGCACUACCGGCAUGCAAGACGUCUUCAGCUUGAAUCUCUGCAAGAGCGAAUCCAAUCCCUUCAAGCCGAAAACAACUCCUUGAGGAGUAGUCCUGCAGCAGCCCGUACCAGGACGACUUCAGCCAACACGAAUGGGGCAAGGCCGCUGGAUUGUGCUCCAUCAGAAUCGACUCAGACUCAUCAGCGCGACAACUCGGACAACCCUUCAACCACAGCUGUCCAAACCAACAGCACGCCAUCCGCAGACUUGUCAUGGACACCGAUGAGUUCUGAAGCAAUUCGAAAGCCUGGCCCCCAUGGUAAAUACCUAGGGUCUAGCGCGGGCGCAAAUUUCAUCGACCUCGUUGAAAGCGUCUUUGACGAUGCGCCAAUCCCUUCAGGAGAUAUGUCUGCCAGGGUCUCCCAAGCCUACUCCAGGUCUCGAUUGGCACAUGAUACUGUCUCACUGUCUUCAUCGCUACCGGAUCGAGCGACAGCAUCGCGACUGAUUGCAAGCUAUUUCGACCACUGGCACGUUACAUUUCCACUGAUAUACCGACCAAGCUUUCUGCAACUUGUCGAACGGAUAUACGGCAGUCCGAAUGAAUAUCUGGAAGAUCACAGUACUGCAUUUGUCUUCAACAUGAUCCUCGCUCUGGGAUCCGCCGCCGCCAAACGCUUCGAAUGGGCUUACAAAGAUACCGAGUCAUAUUCCAGACGUGCGAUGGUCCAUUUCUACGAGAUACUCAAGUACAGAGAUCUUCGCUCCCUCCAAGCAUUACUGCUUUGUUGUCAAUAUGGUAUUCAUGCGAGUUUGCGUGAUACUGCUGAUGAAAUGUGGGAUCUUCUCGGACAGGCCGAGCGAAUUUGCGUCGAGAUCGGCCUCCACCAAGCAGUCCUAUCUGCGCGCAACGGUAGGAGCGACUAUCAUUUGACAGGCCUGGUUCCUGUGACCGUGCGAGCAGAGAUGCAGAAGAGGUGUUUUUGGUGCUUCUACAGCCUUGAUCGCAUCGUAAGCGUUACACUGGGUCGCACCCUGACGCUGUCAGAUGAAGAUAUCGACACACCUCUGCCCUUACCCUUAGAUGACGACGAAUUGGAGACUCAGUCUACGAAUGCCGACGGCACUGCCCAGGAAGCGGAAGGUCGCAUCUCGCCUUUUCUCCGCUUAGUUCUUUGCCGUCGACUUAUCGCCAAAAGCCAUCGCCUCUUGCACACCAAUGUGACUAUUCGGUCUCUCCAAGCCACAGAUAAACGAACGAUUCGCGAAAAUCUCCUGGCCGAACUCCAGGACUGGAGGGAGAAGACGGCACAGGCAAUGCCUUCCUCGAACGACGAAUCGUCCUUGGCCAUCUCAGCGUUCUCCUGCGCCAGCUGGUGGGAAGCCUUAUAUCACAAUGCCGUCCUUGUCUUGUUUCGACCUCCAGCCACCACGACCCCACCGGCAGGCGGCCAUUCAGUGGUACAAGAUACCGAAGACGUGCUCAAGAUAAUGUGGGAGACUUCUCGCAAACUCAUCUCGAAUUACCGUGAGGUGUUACAAGCUCGACGUCUCAAUUACUCCUGGAUAUGUCUUUACACGAUCUUCAUGGCCGGUCUCACGAAUGUAUACAGUGUUGGACAGUGGGCUCGUCGACGCAAAUCCGAUCCGACUGCGUUCCUGCCACCUUGCUCGGAUGUCAUGACUGACAUCAAAGACUGCUCGAAUAUUCUGACGGCGAUCUGUGAGCGAUGGGAUGACGCGCGUCAGUCGUGCGAGAUCUUCAGUCGUUUGAGUGAUAGCGCUUUCAAGGAGUUGUUGAAGGCUCAUCUCACCAGUGUGCAAGGAGUGCCACAGCCUGCGAGUGCAAGUGUUGCUGGUUUAGUCGCGCAUACGGAGCCGCGCCAUGAUCCGCUGCCCGUGCUUCAACAGGAGACGAGUGUGGAUGACCUGGGAUAUGGCUUUCAAGAUCGCGGGACGUCGGGGUCGAGUUUCAUGUUUGACGAUCUGGAUGGGUUUCAGAAUACUUUUCAGGAUAUGCAGAAUGCUUUGUACGGGGGGACGUAUGAUGGGUCUAGUGAGAUUAUGAAUGGGCUUGGGCGGAAUUGGUUCGAUCUUGAAUGAGCUAUCGCUACGUUGAUGGUGAUGUCUCUUCAGAAUUCAAGAUUACUUAAUGACCCCAACAUAACACAAUAUCUU